GUUUUGCUUUGGCGUUCAAUAAAGAUUUUGUUGAAAAAAAAAGUAAAUACGGAUGCUGACGUCGUCUGCUAAGUGCUACUGUUUAUAUCGCUACGUCUGAGGAGGUUAGUGCUCGUCAUGAUGGAAAAACAAAAAAAAGAUUCUUCAUCUGAACAGUCAAAUGGAAGAGCCUCUGGUUUCAAGAUUCCAAAGAAAACCACAGAUGCAUGGUCAGAAGAUAUCCAGAUGAGUUCACCUUUAUCACGACUAGCUGAUUCUGACUUCAAAAAUGUCACCACUAGAAAGAGGGGCUGGAAUUCAUCUUACAGCUCAUUCAACAAGACACGGAAUAAUAUUGACCUUCCUCGCUACACGCUUGGUUCUCCGAAGUGUGAUAGGUCUGAACAAAAGAAAAGUAGUUUCUGUGAAAAGGAAAUGAGAUCCUCUAUACCUGAAGCAAAAAAAAUUGCAACAGAACAAAAUGGUCAUCAGCAGACAGCACCCGAUAAAGCAUGUGGAGAUGUCAGUAAUACGUCAGUUUCCUCUCUGAAAGAUCUGAACAGGUGGAAAAAUGGCAGGUGUAAUUCUGGUCAGGAAAUGCAACAUUUACAAAAGGAAGUCAUACAAGAAUCUAAAGAGCCUAUGAAAGGUUGUGCCAUCUCUUCCAUCAGUAAAGUCACACAAGAGAAAACAUACUGCCACAGACGCCUUGAAAUACAGUUGCACAAAUCGGUUAUAUUACCAACAAAUGUUUUUCCACCCAUUGAUGUAAACAGCACACAAGUCUCCCCAGCGGAACAGCAGCACCUGACCCAUUGUACAAAUGCUUCUAAUAAAAGCACUGCUUGUACAAAGAUAGACAGUGAAGACUCUAGCAGAAUUAAAGAUACUUUAAACGACAGAACAGUAUUAGAUAAAACAAAAACAAAUACUCAUCACUUAAAUGUUAAGCUAAGGAAUAGAAGAAACCCAUUUUCAAGUCAUGGAAAGGAAAAGCUGGGUUCAACAGAGCCAAUUGUUCUUUCUAGUGAUGGGGAAGAUGAAGAGUGCAGCAAAAAUAUUGACUCUGAAAUUAAGGAACAGCUUGUUGAAGCAAAAGAAACCAAUGAGAGCUGUGGACAAGAGGGCUCAAGAAAAGAGCACAAUCUACCUACUUAUACAGUUUUACACCGUCACAAAAAUGGUCAGCAUUCUGUUUCUCGGGUUUCCAAGCAAGAUGAACGAUGGACAGAAAUAGAGAGAAGUAGAUCUCUCUUGAAACUGAUUGUUUAUCCUCCUCCGCCAACAAAGGGUGGCUUGUGUGUAACUAAUGAAGAUUUGGAUUGUCUGGAGCACGGAGAAUUCCUUAAUGAUGUUAUUAUUGACUUUUAUCUUAAAUACCUUUUGUUGGAAAAAUUUCCAAAAGAUUUUGGAGAGAGAUCUCACAUUUUUAGCAGUUUUUUCUUUAAAUGUUUAACAAGAAAGGAUACUGGCACAGACGACUGCAGCUUGAACAUUUCAGCAGCAGAGCGACGACAUCAAAGUGUGAAAACAUGGACUCGAGAUGUUGAUAUUUUCAAAAAGGACUUCAUCUUUGUGCCAGUGAAUGAAAAAUCCCACUGGUAUCUUGUAGUGAUAUGCUUUCCUUGGUUACAAGAAGUAGUUUAUGAGGACAGAAAGGUGCAACAGUCUUCACUUAAGUGUAAUUGGGCAAAAGAGACCUCAAAUCAAGAUUCUGUUAUAGUUUUCAAUGACAGAUUAGUAAAAGAAGAAGAAACAAUGGAAGUGGAGAACAACUGCAACUCUGAAAUUGAUGAUACUACUUCUUUCCAGUCUAACUCUGUUUUCAAUGAGAAGAGUAAGGAGGCUGAAAAGAGUCAGCAUGGAAAAGUUUGUAAAAGGCCCUGUCUUCUCAUAUUUGAUUCUUUGCGUAUUGGAAGUGUCCAGAGUACUGUGCAUAUUUUAAGAGAGUAUCUUAAGGUGGAGUGGAAGGUGAAAAAGAAAACUGCACGUGAGUUCAGCAGGUCAUAUAUGAGAGACUUCUAUCCUAAAGUCCCAAAACAGAAUAAUAGCACAGACUGUGGUUUAUAUCUAUUGCAAUAUGUGGAAACCUUCUUUCAGAAACCUAUUGAAACUUUUGAACCACCAAUGCGUUUGGAAAACUGGUUUCCUCAUAGUGUUGUGAAGAAUAAAAGAGAGGAAAUUAAAGAUAUAAUUCUUCAACUGUAUUUACAACAGAAGAAUUGUAAAAGAUGAUCCAACUUGAUGCUUUGGAUGAUGAAUAAAAGCUGCCUAUCUGCCUUUGUUUGUAUGCGAAGACAGUAUGUAAGAAUAGGAAAAAGAUUGUAAAUAUUUUAAAUAUUCAAAACUGGGAAACUUUAUUUAAAUAAACAAUGCUAUACAAAUAUUUAUUAAUGUUUAAUAAACAUAUUACUUUGUU